UACCUCACUUCCCUUACCUCAGUUCCCCGGCACUUCCUGUCCCCCCUCCAAUGCAUUCCCCGCAUAACUUCCGGGUUGUGCCGCGCGCCCGGCCGCCUACGCCAGGCCGUUGGUAAGGCAACGCCACUCCAGGCGGGGCUGCUGCGAAAGGGGCUCCGGCGGCGGCGGCGGCUUCUCUGGAGGGGCCAGGAGAGGCCCGCUCUCUCGCGCUCCUCUGUCUCGCCGGGGAGGGUCAGAGAAUGGAGGGGGCUCCCGUUUGCCUGUUUAUUCCAACGCCUGCCGCUCACUGCAGUCAUUGCCAGUAACGGUUCGCUUUACGGUGCUCGGAAUGCUUCGCCUCCAUUAAGCUUCUUGUUGCACUGAGCAGCCCUGCAAGGUAGGCCAGUGUUAUCAGCCCUAAGCGAGGGGAAAACUUCCUGGAUGGGUCUUGCUUAAUUUUUAUUUUUGGCACACUCCCCACCCUUUCCCAUAAGCUCCUUUGGGCGACUCCUUAACACACCAGCUGAUACUGGCAAUUUCUUUAGUCACUGCAGUGUUGUUGUUUUUAACAGCCACGCUCCUUCUGCAACCAGCUUAUUGCUAUUCCUUCCUUAGACUAAAAUUUAAUGCUGCCUAAAACGGCCCCUAAGUGAGGAGCUGCGUAGGUCUGCAUGUGGUUAGUUUUUGUAGGUUCCCCUCCACAAUUAAAAAUGUCUUUGGAGCACCCUUUGCUUUGCUGCAGUUAGCGUUGCCUUGGUAAAUGGUAAAUAUGUCUUAAAGGCAGGGGUGGGAAACCUUUAUCAGCAGCUAAAGGGGUCACGUUCCUUUCUGGGCCACAUGGCAAUGAUGAGCAAAGCCAGAGGCAAAUGUGGGCUGAAAUGCAGAUUUUACCUUUGCACAGUAGGCUAGUCACACACCCCUCUGUAUCUUCCAUCCAGACAAGCAGUUCAAAAGCACAUCCCAUCUUGCAGAGGCAGAUUUAGGGGAGUGCGGCAGGUUUGCCUGCACUGGCACCGAGCUGUGAGGGCACUGUGAGGGAUGCCACAACAAUUAAGUAGAAUGAAGUUUUGUGGUGGGGAUAUGCACCAAAUUUUGGCACCUCACAGGGCGCUACUAAAAUUCGAAAGCACGAAAUCCAGGCAGAAACGUUUGUAGUGAGAAGCAGGUUGAGGGAAGGGUCUGGAUUGGGGAAUAGAUCAGAGGGCCAGAUAGCCAAGUCUGGAAGGCUGCAUUUGGCUGCUGGGCCUGAGCUACCCUACCCAUGCAUUAAACUAUACUGAUGCUUUUACAUUGAUAAUGUUAAGUCAUUACGAACUUAAACUUUACUGAAUUCAGUGACUAAGCCUGGAUCCAACCCUUGGUGUGUAGUGCUUGAAAGGGUUGUGUGUGUGUGUAUAAAAUGUUUAACUAUUUGUAUUCCAUUUUUACUACUUGGAACGUAUUGUGGUUGGAAUGUAGGAAGCUGCCUUAUACUGAGUUAGACCCUUGGUGCAUCUAGCUCAGUAUUAUUUAAAUUGACUGGCAGAGGCUCUUCAGUGUUUCAGACAUGCGCCUCUCCCUUCUUCUAGUACAUGUUGCUCUUCUGUUAUCCUUGCAACAAGGUUUUGAGGCUGAUCAAGCAGAGAGCUAGUAACUUUAUGUAGAAGGCUGCCUGCUGAGCUGGGGUUUGCAGCCAGGUCUCACAUCCAAGGCUAGUGUUCUGCACCAUACUGCCCAGCAGUUUUGAGUAACUAAAAAAAAAAAAAGUAUGUGUGGUGGUGGUGAACUUCAGUUGCUACUGCUCACUCUGGAAUUCCUGUUUUAUAAAUUCCAAGCUGGGUUACAGUUACAGAUAGUUACUGGACACGUUUGGUAAUGACCUCAGGGUGAGUGAGGCUUGGCCUCAAUUCUCUAAUCUGUAAAAUGGGACUGUGUAGAGAAUUUGCCUUGUUGGCUAGUUGUAUGAAGGAAGGAAACAUUGCAAGCUAGGAUAUAUGACAGCAGGGACCAGGCAGGCUGCCUCUUGUUUAUUACAUUUUGCUUUGCCCUCUCCUUCUUUGUCAGGUGCCCUGCAGUGCCAUGUCCAGCCAGGAUGAUAAGACAGGGAAGGAAGCUGCUUUUGCAGCAGAGCAGCUGGCUGCUGAGUCCAUGGCGGCAGAUAUGGACCCCUGGGUAGUUUUUGAUGCUCGCAAGACUCCCCGGGCCGAAUUCGAGGAGUGGCUGCAGACCUACCAACCGUCCCGUGUGUCCCGGUUUGGUGACCCCGAGUGCAAUGCUGAGCCGGUGGGUUGGAUAGCAGUGUAUGGGCCCCGUUUCUGUCCUGAAGCUGGCGAUGUGGUAGGGCUGCAGGAGGACUGGGAGCUGCUGCAAGCCAGCGGGCGCCACAUCACCUUCGACAUGGUUAAGGAGCUGGCGCUGAACCGGCGAGUGCUGACCGGGAAGUGGCUCAUGCACCUGGAUAGUGGCUUCAAGGUGGACCAUGCCUGGUGUGGCAUUGCCCGUGCGGUGCUCGACGGGCGCAUUGGCGUGGCCAAGGUCAGCCCCUGCUGCCCCGACUCGGAGCGCAAGCAGGUCAUCUGUGUAUACACAGACGACUUCACAAAUGAGGAGCAGGUGCUGGUGGCCGAUGCUGUGAUCCGCACCACAGGGGUCAAAUGCUUGUUGUCCUACAAGCCUGAUGUUUAUACCUACUUGGGCAUCUACCGAGACAACCGCUGGCACCUUUGCCCCACCAUCUACGAAAGUAAGUUUGAUUUGGAAUGUAUCCCUCGGCGUUCGCGCAUCACCAACAAAGUGAACAACAUAGAAGUGACUUAAAACGUGUUCCUUUGGAUGUGUGGCCCUUCCAGGGGAAUGGUGUUGUGGCUGGGAGCUACAAGUCCCAGUGCCCCUCCCCUUUCGCUCCCCCUCAGAGAGACCACAUUACAGUUGCCAAGCACAGGCCGGCAAGGAUGCUGGAGGCAGGAUUUCAGCACUGGGUGGCAGCUGCCUGCAUUGGUCUUCCUGCAGCCACAUUUAAGGACACCUGAAUUUAUCUUUCAAUGGAGUGUGCUGCCUUCCUUGUUUUCAAGAACUUCUUACUAGGAGUGCAUCACUGCACUUCUUCCUCAGUUGCCUGUGCGUAUGCUUUCAUAUCACCUUCCCCAGUGACUUUGGGUAUCAAAAUAAAUGCACACACUCCCAUUUCAUGACAGGUCAGUAGAAAGAUUGCUGUAGCAGUCAAAAAGAAAAGGGGUGGCAAGUCAAAUGAUCUCUUAUUUGACAAAUCCUUGCAUGUUUAGGAUAUGAAUACCCAACAUGGUGUCUUCCAAAUGCUUUGGUCUGCAACUCCCAGCAUCCUUGACCAUUCACCAUGUUGAGUGAGGCUGAUGGGAGUUUUAGUCUAAAACACCUGGAGGGUUUGGCUACCUCUGUGCUAAGAGGCGGCAUACUUUCUAACAAUGCAAAACAUUCCCAUCUUGUAGAAUAAUCUAAGCAGACUAUGGGGAGUUCUGUGAAACACAAAAGUUUGGAUAUUCUUGCUUCCAACAGUUUCAUCUAAUUUUGCCACAGGUUCCCCAGGCCUGCCAUAAUGCCUGGGAAAAGUAGUUUCUAGGGAAGUUUUUCAUCAGAAACUACUAAUGGUUCACCAGGGAGGUGCUGUGUAGUUUUGAAAGAGGGGCUUAAACAUAGACACUAUCCCAACAAAAUGUGUUGGGAGAACAAGUUUUACUCAUUUAAGGGAAUGUCUCUCAACAUUUCUUUCCUCUUGAGGCUGUGGAAAAUAAAUUUGAUUCAGCAGCACUUGCCUACCUGUAAAAUAGGUUUUUAAAAAAUAAAGUGAUUUUGUCUUCUUGCUGAAUGUUUAUUGCCAGGAGGGUGUGUGGGAAGAGAGAAUGGAAAUGGAAGAGGCAAGCAGGCCAGCUGGCACCAGUCUUUGAAUUGCCUCACUUGCAGUUUAAAGCUAGUUCCUACUCAGGAAACUUUGAAUUUUUAAAGAGGCUUCUAUACUAGAGUUGCCAUAGGUCUGGAAUUUGCCGGACAUGGCCAGAAUACGGCAGUCAGAAGCAGUGUCUGGGUGGAAAUGGCUGAAAUUGUCCUGGAAAACCUGGACAUAUGGCAACUCAUGUCGGAAGUCAAUAUUUUGGUGAAUUCCCCCCAAAAAGCUAGCUUCCAUUUUUUAGAUUUUGCAAAACAAACACUUCAACUUUUUGUCUGGAUUUUAACUUUUUGAAAUAGGGCAACCUUAUUAUGCAGACUAAGUAUGCUUAUCCUUGAGAGGGGAAGGGCUGUGGCUUAGCAGUAGAUUCAGUCCCCAAUGACAUCUCCAAGUGGAGCUGGCAAUGUCCCUUGACUGAAAGCCCAAAGAGCUGCUGCCAGUCAGUGUAAACAGUACUGAAAGAGGAAUCAUUGUUCUGACACAGUAUAAGGCAACUUCCUACGUUUCUGCAUUAUGGGAACUGAAGGAAGGACCUGAACAUUCUUGCACUAUGGUGAACCCUGUCCGUGCUCUUCAAAUAACCAGUCGUACCACAAAAUGAAUUAUGUGAAGCAGCUGUCCAGUAGUCAGAAUUUGCUUUCUAGCUUGUGCAUGCAACUACCAUUUCAGGUAGCCUUUCUAACUGAGAGCAGUUUGUUUGGGGAUUUUUUUGUGAAGCUUCUCCCCUUCAAGAUACAAAUGUAAGGUUGUUUCAGGGGCACAUGGCUGCCAUCAACCCCAGACAGCAUGGCCAAAGAAGCCCAGGGAAAGUGGGAACUGGGGGUCCAGCAAUAUCUAGAGAGCCCCAAGUUGUCCCACGCCUGGGCUUAGGGAAAGAGCAUGAUGCAUGUAUAAACCGCACCUUCUACUUCCCUGCUUGAUUCAUGCAAAUUGUACAUGUGGAUAGGGAUAUCUUAUUUAAUGUUUUGGAAGAAAAGCUAGAUAAGCGUUCAUAAUUCUAUGGGAGUGCAGGCAAAAGUAAUAAAAAGAAAAUGGCUUUGGUUCCAGAACCUCUUUCCAUUAAACAAAAAUAUUCUGAUCAGCUGGGAAAUGGGAGGGAGAAGCUUAGGAGCCAAGAAGGCUGGCUGAGCAAGAUGCAAAGAGGUUGGGUGCUUAAUGUAACACUCUUCGCACCAGCAAAGCCAAAAUGAAAAAUCAGAACAUCACAAUAAAUUAUACAACCUGAAAGAAAACAGGCACACCUAUACGGUGUGCACACCUAUGCUCCAGUGUUCUUUUGGUGUGCAGUUAUACAACAGCCCAGGAAGCGAGAAAAAAUAAGGAAUUACUAAGCUGUUUUUUGUUUUAAAAAGCAGCACAAUAGGGUUUAUCCAUGCUUCUAAAUGAUAAUGCACUGAUGCCUACCAGUUAGAUGUUUUGGAUUGUAAUUCCCAUCGGCACCAGUCAACAUAGUCAAUGGUCAGGAGUGAUGGGACAUGACAGCUUCCUGGGGGAAGGCUCCCAAUUUGCCCCCUUAAGAACCUAAUAGUCCCCAUGGCUUCUGGAUUUUAUGUGACUGGGGUGGGGUAGGGGUGGGGAGAAUACCAAUACUGGUUUGAGGUAACAUUGCCUGCAAAUUAAGGCCACAGUUCCCAGAUCUUCCUUCCACAAGUCCUUACGGAAACCACACCCCAAUUCCACGAUAAAAAGAAAACUGCCAGGCUGAGGCUUCAGUUUAUUUUUAGGAACCUGCUAUAGGAAGAAGAAAGCAAGAAUUGCCACAUCAGAU